AUGGGUGCUGAGCAUUCGCGCCGUUCACACGCUCGUAAGAAUCGUCAACAAGCAUCAGCUGUACCAACAAGCAAUGGUACGACCUCGAUAGUCACAGACGAUCAACCAAAAGCGUUGCCACAACCACCCAAUACUGAAACAGUUCGCAGAAAAAAACAUCGACAGAUGGAUCGAUUAAGACGAACAUUGAGCUUUCGCAGUAAGAAAAAAGGAAAUACAUCGAGUGACACUCGAAACAACAACAAUAAUAAUAAUAAUAAUACUGAAAAUUCAACCAAAAUUACCAAUAAUAUACCAGCAACGACGAAUAGUGCAACAACAGAGAACAAACCACCACAAUGGCAAGAUGAUGAAAAAUCUGUACGUGGCGGUACUUGUACUUUUAAUGUUAAGUAUCUUGGAAGUGUUGAAGUACAGGAAUCACGUGGAAUGCAUGUUUGUGAACAAGCUAUUCAAGCUCUAUUGAACCAAAAGGGUAAACAUACAAAAGCUGUUUUACAUAUAUCUGGUGAUGCACUUCGAGUUGUGGAUGAAACUAAUAAGGGUCUUAUUGUUGAUCAAACUAUUGAAAAAGUGUCUUUUUGCGCUCCUGAUCGUCAUCACGAAAAGGGUUUUGCAUAUAUUUGCCGAGAUGGUACGACCCGACGAUGGCUCUGCCAUGGUUUUCUAGCAGUUAAAGAUUCAGGUGAACGUUUAAGUCAUGCUGUUGGCUGUGCAUUUCAAAUUUGUCUUGAACGAAAACAGAAACGCGAUCGUGAAUGUAGUGUGACAGUUGAAUACUCACAAAAUGGUACAUCUUUUACACGUUUUGGUUCUUUUCGUACAACGUCUAUCACAGAACGUCUAAUUGAUCCUCAAAGUGCUAUCAUUGCCGAACCUAUUCCAUUGAACUCAAAUAUAACGUCGAAUUCAACGAAUUCGCUGCAAAAAAAUGGUGCCAUGGAACGGCCACGACCGAAAGGAAAUGAUUCAGAUGCUUUUAUGCGAAGUGCAUCACUUCGACUAGGCGAUCUGAAUCAAGCAUCUUUAGGUGCUUUUAAACGACAAAGUUCAUUAAGACCCAGUGAUUUACCAUCGAUACAAGAAGCGAGAAACAAAGAAAUCCUAGGACCCAGCACAAUUAUUGAAGAAGAAACCGAGCCUGUCCAAACGACAACUGAGCUUAAUAAAUUAUCUCUAAUCGAUUCAACUAAUACUAACGGUUAUACUCAUGAAUUAAAUCAUCAUCUUUCACUGCCCACAACGAAACCUCCAUUCAUUCCAUCACAACCACCCGUGUCACUAUCACCUGCUCCAUUAUCCCUGCCACAACCGUCUUCAUCGACAAUGACAAAUACCAAUGAAAAUCUCAUGGCCAAUCUUUGGCUAACUAAUCAAACUCCUCUGUAUAACGAACAAGUACCCGAAACAUAUGAAUCCGUACCCACAUCACUUCCGCCUCAGACCAUCACCGAUGCUUUCAAUUCCAAUCUGAAUGCUCUUGUGCAAAGUAAUAACCCCACCAAUCCAUUUUCUCCCUACGGUUAUUCAAUGGCUGCUCAAGCUCAAUCUCCAAAUAUCAACCAUCGGCAGCCCACAAUCUUCACGCCAAAACGUGGGACAAAUCCAUUCGAUGAUGAUCUCAUUCGACGAUGA